GACUCCUCUCUAUGAGAAGAUAAAAGAACAAAGGGGCUAAAUCAGCCUCUUCUCCCUUCCAAAUCGCGAAAAUGGGUACACGGAAAAACGUCUCCAGUCCCACCAUCUUUCUCCUCCUCCUAACCUACUUCUCUAUCUGUAUCGCUCAAAAUCUCGAAGUCGACAGCCACAACUUUGGUCCUUUCGACAGCACCUACUACGACAUCUUCUCCGUCGAAAAAGACGCUACGAUCAGCAACCAAGCCCUCCAGAUCACUCCCGACUCCAACAACGACAACUUCGCCCUCUUUAAUCGCUCCGGUCGCGUCAUAUACAAUAAAUCCUACAAGCUCUGGGAAGGCGAUAAGAACGACUCCUCCACUCAAUCCAUUGUCUCCUUCAAUUCCACUUUCAUCGUCAACAUCUACCGCCCCAAAAAUGAGACGGCUGGCGAAGGCCUUGCUUUUGUCAUCGUGCCCAACCACGAAGUCCCGAUUGGCAGCCAUGGACAAUGGCUCGGCCUCACCAACGCCACCAUCGACGGCAACCCAUCCAACCAGUUCAUCGCGAUUGAGCUCGAUACGGUGAAGCAGAGCUUCGACGUCAACGACAACCACAUCGGACUCGACAUCAACAGCAUCAGAUCGGACGUGGCAUACAACCUCUCCCAAAUAGGGAUCCAGAUCGCCCCUGAAGUCGCAGCUAAUUACACGAUCUGGGUCCAGUACAAUGGAAAUUCCACGGUCUUGGACGUCUACAUAGCUAAAGAAGGAGAUCCCAAGCCUGCGAAUCCCGUCAUCAACAGACCCAUAAACAUAAAGGAGAUACUGAACCAGAACUCCUACUUCGGGUUCGCAGCAUCGACGGGUAGCACGUCGCAGCUCAACUGCGUGCUUAAAUGGAAUCUGAGCGUGGAGAUCUUUCCCAAGGAUAAGGGUCUUUCAGUGGCUGUGCUGGUGGUGGCGAUCGUGGUGCCGAUCGUGGCAGUGGCGGUAAUUAUAGCAGGUAUCUUGGGGUAUUGUAUGUACAGGAAGAGGAGGAAAGAUGAUUCGGCGAUACUGGGGACGUUGAAGAGUUUGCCCGGUACGCCUCGAGAGUUUCGGUUUCGAGAUCUGAAGAAGGCUACGAAUAAUUUCGACGAGAGAUUGAAGCUUGGGCAGGGAGGUUUUGGGGUUGUCUAUAAGGGGGUGUUGCCUAAGGAGAAUACAGAGGUCGCUGUGAAGAAGUUCUCCAGAGAGAAUAUGAAGGGGAAGGACGAUUUCCUGGCGGAGCUCAGCAUCAUCAACCGACUCCGACACAAGCAUCUCGUCCGAUUAGUUGGUUGGUGUCACAGGAACGGGAUGCUUCUGUUGGUGUACGACUAUAUGCCCAAUGGGAGUCUCGACAAUCACCUCUUCGGCGGACCUGAAAAGAUAUUAAACUGGCAACGGAGAUACAACAUAAUAGCAGGCGUGGUGUCCGCUCUACACUACCUCCAUGACGAGUACGACCAAAAGGUGGUGCACCGAGACCUCAAAGCCAGCAACGUUUUGCUCGACUCCGACUACAAUGCGCGCCUCGGCGACUUCGGUCUCGCACGUGCGCUGGAUAACGAGAAGACCUCGUACGCUGAGCUGGAAGGCGUGCCUGGCACCAUGGGCUACAUUGCGCCAGAGUGCUUCCACACUGGCAAGGCCACGCGCGAGUCCGACGUCUAUGGUUUUGGAGCAGUGGUGCUCGAGGUCGUGUGCGGGCAGCGCCCAAGAGUCAAUAUCUCGAGCUUCCAGUUUCUCGUUGAUUGGGUAUGGACUCUAUAUCGGGAGGGGCGCAUUUUAGAGGCGGUCGAUGAGAGGCUGGGCGAGGAUUUCGUGCCGGAAGAGGCAGAGCGUCUGCUAAAGCUAGGGCUCGCGUGCUCGCACCCCACGCCGAGAGAGCGCCCCAAAACGCAGAGCAUUGUCCAGAUAAUCUCGGGAUCCGUGCCACCGCCUUACGUCCCUCCGAUCAAACCCGCUUUCGUAUGGCCCAUGGAGAUGGGCUCCAGCAUCGACAUCAGUUCGUUGCUCACGAGCGAUACCACGCCCAUGACAUCCUCCUAUUACGGCUCCGGGUGGACCCCUCAAUAUCAGAGUCAGGACAGUAACGCGGGACACAGCAACAUAUCCACCGCCACCUAGUGUAGACAGAGAGAGAAAAGUCUUCAAAAAAAAAAAAAAAAAAGAUAAAGCGUUUAUGUGAGAAAAGAUUCCAAUGGAACAUUGGAAGAUGUUCAGCUUUUCUUUUUAUUGAUUAUUAUCUUUCUCGGUAUUUUAUGUAAAACCCAUAAAUUCUGUCGUCUUGUUUAUUUUUAUUUUUAUUUUUAUUUUUCCUUUUCUUUCACAUGGGACCGAAAGGAGGAUCUCUAGUCGUCUGAUUGGUGUAAUGGGAAAUGGAAAAGGGUUUUUAUUUGAAAGUCGGGAGGAUGAGUGUUUUGUGUUUUUGUAUAAAGUUGAAAAGGAAUAUGGUUAUUUAGUUCAUUUGUAUACAUAAUUGUAUAUGUAGACAGCAUUAAUUUGUAUCGUCUUUGUUUUAAAGGUCUUGCAUUAGGCAUGUUGAAUGAUUUCAAUCCAUUUUGGUGUGUA